CUCCCUAACCAUCUGUUUCGUCUAGUAACAUUGUACCCUAUCGAGAAGCUAUGUGCCAGUGUUUAUAUCUACCUACUUAAUCUUUGUGUAAACUUUCCGAUGUUGUGUAUCAUAAUAUUUAGUGAAAGCAAAUUUAUUUUUCAAAGAUUGAUUUGAGAGAAAACAAUAUACGAACAAUCCAGUUGAAAUAGUUGAGUGUUGACUAGUUGAGUAAAGAAAACCAGUUUUGGAGUAAAGUUUAUCGGACGAUCCACUUUGACGAUGCAUACGAUUUUCACCGAUCAAAAUGCAUAUUAUCGCACUAGUGCCGCACCUUAUUCGACAGCAGCAGCAGCUGCAGCAGUAAACGUCUCGACUAAUCACUAUGCCUACGAACAGUAUUCCCGAUACGGGUAUGCAGCAUGGCACCAUCAGCAGCAUCAAAUGACCAACACCAAAGACAUGGUAAAACCUCCCUAUUCGUACAUCGCCCUCAUCGCCAUGGCCAUUCAGAACGCAAAAGAGAAGAAAAUCACACUGAACGGCAUCUACCAAUUCAUUAUGGAACGCUUCCCUUAUUACCGAGAGAACAAACAAGGUUGGCAAAAUUCCAUCAGGCAUAACCUGAGCUUAAACGAAUGUUUCGUCAAGAUCCCCAGGGACGAUAAGAAACCGGGAAAAGGAAGCUACUGGACCCUCGAUCCAGACUCUUACAACAUGUUCGAUAACGGGUCGUACUUGAGGAGACGUAGGCGGUUCAAGAAAAAAGACGCUCUGAGAGAAAAAGAAGAAGCUUUAAAAAGACAACAAUUAAAGACGGAAACCCCUCCAACAACAGUCUUAUCGCCGAGAGUCGAACAUAAGGUUGAAGAGGCGAAAGCGAAAUUUGUAUAUAAAUCCAAGAGAGAAUUAGACACUGACUUGACGCCCUGCAUGAACAACAAAUACGUGGAUGCGAAAUUCCCGAUGAGUCAUCAGCAGGACCAUCUCAUGGGAGACGUGGGACCGCCGAUCCAGACCAUAGAUCCAUCUACGGCGUUUUCAGUGGACAGUUUGAUGAUCAGCAGAGACCAGAUGGGAAUCCAUCCGGCCUCAGGAAGACUGCAUUCCCCAGCCGAAAUUUAUUCCUAUUGUUCGAGUGCGACCAGUCCUCAACAUCAGUACAUCGCUGACGAAACGGCUUCAAGGUAUGCCCCAUGGUACAGCCCCGAGACCUCGCCGGAAUCCACCACGGCCACACCUGGAUACAGAGACAUCAUCUUCGACGGGGCCAUCGGUCCGAGCUGUCAGUUGUCUAGUUUCAGACAUUCCGGCGUUUCAACAACCCCACCCACUUACAAGACGACGGCAGGUUAUUAUCAUCAAUAAUGUGCUGUUUAGGACGUUUUUAUUUAUAAAAUUGCAAUAGACAAUGGUUGAUGAGUGUACAUUUAUUCCUAUUAUUUAUUAUUUGAGUGCUUUUGUCAUUCGAUUUGAAGACUUUAACCCAUCUCAUCCGAAUGUGAUUAUGUAAGUACGUUAAUGGCAAUUUUUUUUUUUUUGGUGCUGAGAGUCUGAGCCGUGCAUUAUUGGGUAGUGAUUUCCUUGUUUAUAAGAGAAUAUGAAAGAAAACUUAAAUGUGAUAUUCGUUCAAUAUUAAAGAUAUUAUG